UUUGUCAUCUUUUCAGUCUCUGUGCUGUGCCUGCUGCCUGCGGCGGUGCUGGCACGUUGGGCGUGUGUUCGGGCCUGUCCGGCGUCCUGCUCCUGCACUCAGGAGAAGAGCUGCAGCGUGCUGUGCGACCGGACUGCCAUGGCUGAGCUGCCCAAAGAGUUUCCCUGCGAGGCCUCUGCCAUCAACCUGGACAAGAACAAACUCAAGUUCCUUCCAGAAAGGGCCUUUGGUACCCUGCCCUCCCUCAAGACUCUCUCCUUGGACCAUAACAACAUCUCCUUCAUUACCCCUGGAGCCUUCAAGGGCCUCUCCAACUUGGUGGAGCUGAAAAUGGCGCACAAUGAUUACAUCAGCUACCUUCAUACACGAGCCUUCACCGGGCUGAAGAAGCUGGUGCGCCUGGACUUGUCAGACUGUAGCCUCUUCAACAUCCCAGACCGAAUCUUCAUCGAGCAAAUCUCGCUGAAAGAGUUGCUCUGCUUCCAAAACAACUUCCGUAGGAUCCCUGGAGCCUUCAGAGGCAUGGAGAAUCUGACUCACAUCUACCUGGAGAAGAACAAGAUAGAGGCGGUGGCCUACAACUCCCUGUUGGGCCUGGGAGGCCUCAGGUACCUGAACCUUCAAGAGAACCGCAUCAAUGUGAUCCAUGACCAGGCUUUUCAGGACCUUGUGCGUCUGGAGAACUUCUACCUCAAUGAUAAUCUGCUGACUGAGCUGCCGCGGCUUCCCUUCAAGGGUCUCAGCCGCCUUAAGAUGCUUAACCUUGGGGGAAACCAAUUGAUUAACUCGUCCAAGACCUGGUUCAGUGACCUGGUGGAACUGGAGGUCCUGUACCUGGACAGGAACCAGCUGCUCUUCAUCGAGGAAGGAACUUUUGAGAACCUGACCAGCCUGAUCACGCUACACCUGAACAGCAACAACCUCACAACCCUUCCUUUUUCUGUUUUCCAGCCCAUCUACUUCCUGGGCCGGCUUUACCUCUUCAGAAACCCCUGGGAGUGUGACUGCUCCCUGGAGUGGCUGAAAGAGUGGAUGGAAAGCUACAAGCUGGUACGAGACAUCCCCUGCGCCUCACCUUCCUCCGUGGCCGGGAUAGAUCUCAGUGAGGUGGUUUUUGCCAAGCUGAACGGCACAUGCAUGGAUCCAGCAGAGUUGAACCUGACCACGGCCUCCUCAGAGAUCGUCUCCACCACGGAGAAUCGCUACAACAGUCUCAUUUCAAAGCUGCUUCAACAGGAGCUCAGAGAGGAGAUGGGGAACGGUACUGAGAGCCUUCGCAAUGGGACUCUGCUGGACACCGAGGAAGGGCAGCUUUCUGGAGGGGUCAGAGGGCAACGGGCCCAGGCAAGCCAAUCACUUCUCUGCCUCCUAGUAGCUUGGCUCAUCUUUAGUUUGAUUGGCCGGUCAGAAAUGAAUGUCUGUCUUUCUUGCACAUGA